GACACCAUAAACAAACACAGACAACAAUGAAGUUUCUGGCACUUGUGCUCCUGGUAGCUUACGCUUGCGCUUCUGAGAUCGAGAAGCGAAAUGCGGAGCCAGACUAUGACUAUUAUCGUCCUUCCCACGGCUAUUAUCGCCCCUCCUAUGGUUACGGCUAUGGUCAUCCCUAUGGGUAUCGUACCUACCCAGUAGGCUACGGUUGUGGGCACCACCAUCACAAGAGGUCUGCUGAGCCAGAACCAGAGGCUAAGGCUUCCUACUAUAAUGGACACUACCCUGUCUACCGUCCUUAUGGUCACCACUACGCUAAGAGGUCUGCCGAUCCUGAACCUUAUGCUGAACCUUCCUAUGGCUAUGGUUACUAUGGCUAUCCUCGUCCAGUUUACCAUUACCCUUCCUAUUACUACGGCUGAUUUAGCUUGAAGAAAAAUGUGUUGAUGAUUCAGGAGUGUUUCAUUAUUUGUCAGACCCCAAGAUAUAUUGUUUUCCUUAGUCUUCCUCAUGCAAAGGAUAUAUAUAAAAUCUCCAGUUUUGAAACUGAAGAAUUUCUACUAAUUAACUCAAGUGUUACCUAUAAUUAUUUUAAUUGAUUUCUGAAGUCACUACGGCUUAUGUAUUUGAAAUUCAUUAUUCUUAUACCU